AAAUAAUUUCUUUUUAUGAAAAGUAUGGGUCUCGGAGGUCUUCUAAAAAAAUGUCAAUAGCAGAGAGCCCGAGACGAGUAUUCACUAAAAAAACCAAAAAACCCUAACAGAUUCACUCUCUCCCAAGUCCCAAGGCCCCAACCAUCCCCAACCUCUGGUUUCAGCUCACUCCCAAAGAAUCACAGAUUCACUCGCUCUCGCUCACUCACCGCGUUCCGCACGGUCACCGCCGAACACAACGGCUGCCAACGACGGUGGACGUCACUCGUCACUCCCCUAGCCGGUUCUUCUGCCUCGUCCCAUGCUGCUAGUGUCUGCUCGCCUCUGCCUUCUCCAUCUGUGUCGUCCCCGCUGCCUUGGCUCCGGCGUGCCUAGCCUGUCUCUGCCUUCGCCUCGGCCUCGUGCCUCUUCUGCCUCUGCUUCCUCCAUCGUCAUCGUGUUGGCUCCUCUUCGAAGCUCUGCUCUCGUUCACCGGUGGACUGCUCUGCAACCGCGAACACUGCAACGGCCCCAAGUUGGAAAACCGUCCCUGACUUUGUUUCUGACUUUCUGCUUCUACAGCGUAGUGUAGCUUCAAGGCUGGCGGUGAUUGGUGGUGGGUUCGCAACAACACCAGUGCCCACACAUCUCAGAUUAUUGAUUCUCCUCGUCGUCUGAAUUAUUCAGUCAGAGUGAAUAAACAAAAUGAAUAAAGGAGGUCCAGUAGGUGGAGGAGGGUUGGGGGUUGGUGGAAGCGGGCCUACUGCAGCGGCUGCUGCAGCUGCUGCUCAGAAGCAGAAGACAUUGCUGCAGAGGGUGGAAGGUGACAUUGCCAAUAUUGUGGACAAUUUCAGCCACCUUGUCAAUGUUGCCAGGGUUAAUGAUCCACCUGUUAGAAAUUCACAAGAAUCUUUUAUGAUGGAGAUGCGUGCUGCUAGGAUGGUUCAGGCAGCUGAUUCGUUACUUAAGUUGGUCUCGGAGCUGAAGCAAACAGCUAUCUUUUCAGGGUUUGCUUCUCUUAAUGACCAUGUAGAACAAAGAAGGGUUGAAUUUAACGAACUCGGGGAGAAAACUGAUCGUUUAUUGUCUAGAAUUGGAGAGGAAGCUGCUGCAAGUCUUAAGGAACUUGAAACUCAUUAUUCUUCUUCUGCGCAGAAGAAUAUUUGA